AUCAUCCGUCUUCAAUAUUUCUUCUCCCUUCUUUCUCGCAGUUGAGUUGAGAAGCUCGGAGAAGAAGCAUGACUGGUUCAAAUGUACCGACGUUUGGGAACUGGGACAGCGAAGAGGAUGUGCCUUACACAAUAUAUUUUGAAAAGGCAAGGAAACAUCGAGGCGGAAAAAUUAUAAAUCCAAAUGAUCCCCAAGAAAAUCCAGACAUGUUCCCAAGCAAAGCUCCUCGUGCUGCUGCUGCUACUGCACCUACUCGUUCUCCUACAUCUGAUCAUGGAGUUCUUCAACAUGAGGAACCACCGGUAGGGUAUGGUGCAUCAGUUGGGCCCACUAUAGAUAAGCGUCAAACGAGUAAAGACAACAGUGACCCCUUGAAUCAUUCUAAUUCUCCACCCGGGAAUGGCACCACCAUGGGCAAGAAAGGAAGCUUUGAAAAAUCGCCCCACCACCCACAAUAUCAUCAAGGAAAGGGUAGAGAUGGAAGGAAAUCAAAUGAGAAUACACGUGGUUCAACAACACCAGGAAGAACUUAUAACAAUAAUAACAGUAAUGGUAGUAGCCAACAAGGUACCUUGGGAAAGUCAUAUGGUACACCAGGGAGAUCUCGGCAAAAGCUCGAAAGCCCUGACAGGAAAGGAGCUGCAGCACUUCCGAAAUUUGGGGAAUGGGACGAGAAGGAUUCUCAAUCAGCAGACAACUAUUCUUACAUUUUCAACACGCACCGUGAUGAAAGGCACACAGAUGCUUCCUCAAAUGUUAUGCGGACCCCAACACGACCCCGUCCCAACGCAAGAAACCAAGAUGGUGAUGAUAAGUUUCAGAAACGUUGCUGCCCAUGGUGGUGAAAAGGGUGAAACCUGAGUUGCUCCUUCAUUUUCCAGAGCAGGCAAACUGAGUUGUGUAAAUAAGAAGACGAAAAAGCUUUGUGAUGCAGUCAUGCAGAUGAGUUGUGUCUUCCACAUUCUAUUUAUACAGAAUUUCCAUUCCCUGUGAUUAAGUAAUUUCGGGAAGUUAUACUCCGUACCCAAAAAAAUCUUAUUAUUAUCUUUUGUUUGAUUUUUUGAAGAAAAAAAAAGAACUCUUGUAUUCUUAGCAUUCUUUUAAGCUCGUGGCACCAAGUGACCAUUUCAAUGAGCUUUACAACUUUCAGUGGUCUCAUCCAAUUGGCAUUUGAUUUUGUAUUUGCUGCCAACAAAAUGUUUUACCGCAA